AGGGGAUCGCUGGGCUUUCCAGCAGAUAGAUAAGGAGACGUCUAGGGAAAUACUGCGUUGGGUGUUACAAUCCUUCACAGAUACAAAGGAUUCCUCGUCAUUUCACUCCCUUGGAUCGGAUAGAUUGCAUCAGGAUGGCGACUGCUGAUCUGGGGAAGGAGCUGGAGUGUUCCGUCUGUCUGAACAUUUAUACAGAUCCUGUAACCCUGAAAUGUGGACACAACUUCUGCCGGGACUGUAUUGGUCGUGUGUUGGAUACACAGGAGUGGUCUGGAGGUUAUUCCUGCCCUGAUUGCAGAGAGAGGUUUCACAAUCGGCCUGCACUGCGGAGGAACACAACAUUACGUAACAUCGUGGAGAAUUUCCUGUCUUCUCAGCCAGAUCAGGAGUUAUCCGGGGUCUUCUGUACUUACUGUAUUCACACUCUUGUACCUGCUGUGAAAUCCUGUCUGCAUUGUGAAGCUUCUCUGUGUGACAAUCACCUGAGAAUCCACAGCAAGUCACCAGAACACGUAUUAUGUGACCCCACCACUUCCCUGGAGAACAGGAAAUGCUCAGUCCAUAAGAAGAUUCUGGAGUAUUACUGCACUGAGGACUCCUCCUGUAUCUGUGUGUCCUGUGGUUUGGCCGGAGAACAUCGGGGACACCAGGUGGAGACUCUGGAUGAGGCCUCUGAGAUGAAGAAGAAGAAACUGAGGAAUGUUCUGCAGAAACUGAUGACGGAGAGAGAGGAGAUGGAGAAAAGAGUCCAGAGUCUGCAGGAACACAGGAGGAAAGUACAAGGAAAAGCAGAUGAUGAAACAGAGAGAGUCACUGUCCUGUUCAGAAACCUCAGGAGGCGUCUGGAAGACCUGGAGAAGAGAGUCCUGAGUGAGAUCUCUGGGCAGGCAGAGUGGGUCUAUCUAUCACUAUCUGAUAGGAUCCAACAGUUGGAAAUAAAGAAGGAGGAGCUGUCCAGGAAGAUGGGGGACAUUGAGAAGUUGUGUAACAUGACGGAUCCGCUGACUGUCCUCCAGGAAUCAGACACAGGUGACUUGUGUGAUACUGAGGAUGAAAAUGAUGAGGACAGAGAGAGACGUGAUAAUCUCCUCCAUGAUGGAGGGGAUCUGGAUGUGGCGGGGAUCUCACACACAUUAAACACAGGUUUAUCUGAUAUCAUGUCUGGGGUAAAUGUAGAGAAAUGUACAGGCACACAUGUCUAUCCACAUUCUACUACAAAGGGUAAAGGUCACAUCAAUGCUGAACCAUCCAGGAGAUAUCCCCAACCCUCGCCCACCAUACAAUCAUCCAGGAGAUAUCCCCAACCCUCCCCCACCAUACAACCAUCCAGGAGAUAUCCCCAACCCUCCCCCACCAUACAACACUCACACCGCCAGGCUGGAGGGCCAAAUAUUGGGGCUGUACAGCAAACAUCGGGGGUUACAGACAUAUUACUGGAUGUGAGUACAGCUGGUAAUGAGCUACAUAUAUCAAAUGACAGGAAAACUGCAUCCUGGCCAUCAAAUCAGAAUCACCCAGAAACACCAGCUAGAUUUCAGUAUCCUCAGGUGAUAAGCAGUCAGAGGUUCUCCUCAGGGAGACAUUACUGGGAAGUGGAUGUCGGGGGGUCAGAGUACUGUAGAGUCGGGGUGUGUUACCCCAGUAUAGACAGGAGAGGAGAUCGGUCAGGAAUUGGGGACAAUAAGAAGUCCUGGGGGUUGGAGAGGUGGGGGUCUAAUCGGUACUCAGUGAUACAUGACCGUAAUAAGAUCCGAUUACCCGUCGGUGUCUCCAGUAACAGAGUCGGGAUAGAUCUGGAUUAUGAGGCCGGGCUGAUCUCCUUCUAUGAUCUGUUUGACCCGAUCCAACACCUCCACACCUUCACCACCACCUUCAAUGAGCCCCUCCAUGCUGGGUUAUGUGUUUGGGAAGGUUGUAUAAAGAUAUAUUUGGAGGGGAAAUCUACUCAGAAACUGGUAACAUCACAGGAUGGAGAAUAUGAUUGGUUCAAUGCUUGGCCAACAGGAGGAAGCAGUGGACAAGAACAUACGGAUUUAUUUAAAAAGUUCUGGGGAAUGGGGCUGUCAUAUUCAUCCUAAACCUCUCUUUGCCACCUAGUGGAUCGCUGACCAGCAACAAAUUCAGAUGUUUUAGGCUGCAUGCUUGUUCUGGCAUUGGGUAACAGCCCAGGAGUCGGCAACAUUUUACUCUUUCUCUACCACUGACAUAAGGCUUACCUUGGCAGCAGCAGGGGUUUUACACACACUCAUGGCUGCCACAUCAGCUGAGAAUUCUUUUAAACAUCACAGCCCCAAUGUGGGUUUUAAGAUGGAGGUGACCAGGGGAAUAGGUACUUUCCCUGGUUAGCCACACACCAUAUUUCCCAGGCUCGACUGUCCCACCUACAGGCCCAGGACAUGCAUGUGUAGUGUUACUGGAUAAGAGGGGAAGGAGACCAGAGAACCUCCAUCUGUUGAUCUCCCCCAGCUUUUAAGAACUUGGAAUCAACAAGGAUUUCAUCACAUUUUCUGCUGUCACUUUUCCUGAAAACUGUGUGCAGAAGAAAAUGGAGCACAAUGUGGGCUUCAUUAGUUUCAGCGGAGGGCAGGGAAGACCUUAUAUACUAAUACAGGUAUCUCCGAACUGUGUCCCGUAGGCCAGAUGUGGCCCAUUGCUGUCCUUUAUCUGGCCCUUGGGGCACUAUUCCUUCCACUGAUACAAAGUAAUAUUACGACGGAUACCAAAGAUGGAAUACUAUUCCUCCCACUGGCGCCAAUAAUGGGGAAUUAUUCCUCCCAUAGAACACCAGAACAUCAGAGGCUCCUUACCAUGUAAUCAGCUGUGACCAAUCACAGCUGAUCAUCGCGUGAACCAGGAAGUGCCGGUAAAUGGCAUUCCUCGGUUCACGUUUACAGGCUCUCCCUGUCAGAGGGGGGGGGGGGGUCUGUGCUGAUAUCAGCACAUUGAUUAUCGGCAUAGCCCCCUCAAAUGUACCAAUCACCUGCCCAGCAGUGCCCCACUAAUAAACUC